GAUAAAUAUGAACCUUGGAGAAUUUGCAUCGCUCCAAUGUAAACAGAUAGGCGAGGGUCCCUUUAUCAGCACUGACUCAGGACAGUUGUGGGGGGUCUGAAGCUGCUUUUUUUUCCUCUUGGGGAAUUUUUUUUUGUGGGGGGGGGGGUUUUGCAAAGGCCGAACCUGCUGCCAUUUCUAUUCUGCUCCGACGGGUGACUUCAGAAACAUGGUGUAGCAAACACCGGAAUCUGCGUCGGGCACGUAAAAAAAACAAAACUCGGGCCUUAGGAGAAGCGGCCAGAACUAAAAGACCAUGGUUUCAAAACUCACUCAUCUUCAGGUGGAGCUGCUGGGGGCUCUCCUGGAAUCUGGGCUGAGCAAGGAGACACUGAUCAAAGCCCUGAUGGAAUCGGACCCCUACCCACAGCAUGGCGACAGCCAGCAGCGGACUGCCAGCACGAUCCAAGUUGAGAAGAGAGAGUCCUGCACAGAACUCACGGCUCUUGCCAAUGGGAUGGGGGAGUCCAGGAUGUCCGAAGAGGAGACCUCUGACGAUGGAGAAGACUUCACUCCGCCAAUUAUGAAGGAGCUGGAAAACCUAAGCCCAGAAGAGGCUGCACACCAGAAAGCCGUGGUGGAAAGACUAUUACAAGAGGAUCCCUGGAGGGUAGCCAAGAUGGUGAAAUCCUACCUACAACAGCACAAUAUUCCCCAGCGGGAGGUGGUAGACACCACAGGCUUGAAUCAAUCCCACCUCUCCCAGCAUCUCAACAAGGGUACACCUAUGAAAACUCAGAAGAGGGCUGCCCUCUACACCUGGUACGUCCGCAAGCAGCGAGAGGUGGCUCAGCAAUUCACCCACGCUGGCCAGGGCAUUAUGGUAGAAGAUGCGAUGGGAGAGGACCUGCCAACGAAGAAAGGCAGACGCAAUCGCUUCAAGUGGGGCCCAGCUUCACAGCAAAUCCUCUUCCAAGCCUAUGAGAGGCAGAAGAAUCCCAGCAAGGAGGAACGGGAAGCCUUAGUGGAGGAGUGCAACAGGGCAGAGUGCAUCCAGCGCGGUGUGUCCCCUUCCCAGGCCCAGGGUCUGGGCUCGAACCUGGUGACUGAGGUGAGAGUUUACAACUGGUUUGCCAACCGCCGGAAGGAGGAGGCUUUCCGGCACAAGCUCGCCAUGGAUAGCUACAGUGGGCCGCAGCCCGGAUCUGUGCCCACCUUGGGCUCUUCCUCGCUCCAGUCAUCAACGCCCCUCUCACCAAGCAAGGUCCACGAACAAUCCCCUUUGCAGCAGCAGCAACAGCAGCAGCAGCAACAACAACAACUCUCCUUUUCCGACUCCGGCAUGAGGUACAACCAGCAGCCCGUCAGUGAGACAGAUUCCUCAGACGGCAACCAGCACGGGGGAAACAAUUCCAUUGUGACCACCCAGACUAUCUUGCACCAUGCUUCUUCCCCUGGCCUGUGCUCAGUUAGUUCUGCAGGAGAGGCAAAGCUGAUCUCCGCUCCGGGGGGCUCUCUCCCCCCAGUUAGCACCCUGACAGCCCUGCACAGCCUAGAGCAGAACCACACCCUGAGCCAGCAAACCCAGAACCUCAUCAUGGCAUCACUCCCAGGUGUCAUGGCAAUUGGGCCGGGAGACACGUCUUCGCUCACACCAGCCUUCACCAACACAGGGGCCUCCACGCUGGUCAUCGGCUUGGCCUCCACCCAGCCCCAGAGUGUCCCAGUGAUCAACAACAUGGGCAGCAGCCUCACCACCCUGCAACCAGUCCAGUUCUCCCAGCAGCUGCACCCAUCGUACCAGCAGCCAAUCAUGCAACAGGUCCAGGGCCAUCUCAACCAGAGCCCUUUCAUGGCCACCAUGGCCCAGAUCCAGGCACCUCAUGCUCUCUACGGCCACAAACCAGAGAUGGCUCAGUACGCCCACACUGGGCUGCUGCCGCAGACCAUGCUGAUCACAGACACAGCCAACCUCAGCGCCUUGGCCAGCCUGACGCCAACCAAGCAGGUGUUCACAUCAGACUCUGAGGCACACACAGAGUCUGGGAUCCACACGCCCCCCGUGCAGGCUUCCACCAUACACUUACAGAACCAGGAUGCCACCAUCCAGCACCUCCAGCCCAGCCAUCGACUCACCUCUAGCCCUGCUGUCUCCUCCAGUAGCCUGGUGCUCUACCAGAGCUCCGACUCCUCCAACAGCCACAGCCACCUGCUGCCGUCCACUCAUGGUGUGAUAGAGACUUUUAUAUCCACCCAGAUGGCCUCUUCCACUCAGUAGCCUGAUGACCACCCAAGGACCCAAAGUGCAGAGAAGCCUCAUUCGAAGCUGCCGCCACCUGCUGAUGUCUGCCUGCCUGCCUGCCUAGAAUGGAGGGGGCAGCCAGCUUGGGGGGCUUUUUUUCUCCUCCAGGACGUUGUGCACACACACACACACACCCUUGUUCCACACCCCAAAACCCUGCUCAAGAGGUGAAAAUAUGCACACAAGGAACGGAACGGACUCCCUUCGAAGGUGGUGGACUCUCCUUUGUUGGAAGUUGAAUGGUCAUCUGUCAGUGAUUCUUUAGCCAUGAUUCCUAGGUUGAACUAGAUUAGCCUUGGGGAUCCCCUCAAACUCAACUGUUUUAUGAAUGCCAAGAGGAACUUUGUGUCUUUUCAAACAAGAGAGGAAAGGCUGGCUGGCCCAUGCUCUUUGACUCUGCCUUCAGGACAGGACUGCAAUAGAAGCUGUAGCCCAGCUUAGACCAGGCAAGAGCCAGCCAGCCCUACAGGCAGAAGCAAGGAGGGCUGGGCUCCAGCAGCAGCAAGAGACACAUGUCCUAUACAUUUCAGCUGACGGGUUCAAGCUUCAGGCAGACCCUGUGCAGGUAGGCGCAUCUUGGUGCAAAACGAGAAAGAAAAUCAUCCUCUUACUCUUUGCUCCUGCUGGUCAUCAAGAUUCAAGCUUGCCCUGUGUCAAGCAAAUGCCCCUGAGGAGGAAACUCAGGAGCUCAGCCAGGCCACAAAGCCAACGGGUCAGAGCCAGAAACCCUAUGAAGUCUCCUGCUCCUUGGCCUGAGAAACUAGGACUUUGCUCUUGGCAGCCACAGAUCGCCUUACAGGAGCCACGUGUGACACCUUUGCAGGAAAAGGGAGGAAAAAGAGUGGCCCAGCUUCAGCUGUGAUUUCUGCAAUGUAGGGGGUUGGACUAGAUGAACUUUUUCUAAAAUAGUCUUUCAUAGGAAGAACGUAUGAUACAGGAAGCAUUUUCAGAAGCUCAAUGUUGGGUGUGGCAAGAAUUUGCAUGGGGCAGCGGAAGUGCCUCUUACUUUUUUGUGAUAGGUUAACAUUUCAGCCACACACAGAAGUCCCUCCAUCAGCCAGCCAAUCAAGGGCCUUUAGUGCAGUUCAGAGACACAUUCCAGCCAGGCAAAAACCACUUAAGGGCACUGAGCAAGGCCAGUAAGGAAUGUGACCUGACAAGAAUUAUGAGGGCCAGAAAGAGGAGGUUGGAAGUCCGCUUUCCCCUGUCCCUGCUACUGAACAAUGCAUUCAUACAGGCAAGCUGUGAAACCUAGAACAUGCGGUUCAGGUGCAGAAUCUGGUAAUGCGUGCUGCAUUCUAAGAACCUCACUUUGCUCUUACAAAACACGCAAACCAAGUUGCCAGUCCUCAUGGUAGUUAGAAAACAACACCCAAAGCAAAGCCAAAGAUUGUGUGAGCAAGGGCAUUGUUGAAGCUUCCAAUAGUCAAAGGAGCAGGUCUUCACACACAUGGAAACCUCGACCUCCCCAGUUAUCUCCACAGCAAGACCCCCUACACCCUAACCCAGUGUUUCUCAAACUUGAGUCCCCAGCUGUUGUUGGACUGUAGCUUCCAUCAUCCCUGACCACUGGUCCUGCUAGCUAGGGAUGAUGGGAGUUGUAGUCCAACAACAGCUGGGGACCUAAGUUUGAGAAAUAUUGCCUAACCCGAAGAACCCCUAGCCUCCUUUCCCCGCCUAUACAGAACCCCUUUUGCGGCAUUAACUGUUCAACACACCCUGAUAAAGACAUUUAAAAUGCAUAAUUUGCACCAGAAUCAGGAACCUCUUGCCACUGAGAUGUUACUUUUUUAAGUACGGGAUUUCAGUUCCUCCCCCCUCACCCCAGUAUCUCUCAUCGUUCCUUAGUUUGAAAAGAGAGAGAGCGCAUCUGAAUCCUUGGCCUAGCAAGAGAAGGAGAAGAUCUGAAAUGUGAGCACUCCUUCCUGUCCUAAAUCAUGCCAGCUGCAAAGUUGGCAGAAUUCAGUUUUCCUCCCUGUAUAAUUUCUUGAGUGUGGGGAUGGCACCCCUGGGGCUCUGUGAUAAUGACCGAUUUCUCAAGUGCCAUGCCAGAGUAGGUAAAGCCCUUUUUGGUGGCUAAAAUGAAACCAAAAUGUGCCACAGCUGAGAGGGUGGGGGAAGAAGUGAAAUCAGUAGUAUCCAAGCACUGCAAAUGGGAGGGGAAAACAGCACCCAAUGAUACCCAUCCAGUAACCCCCGGGACCUAGUUUAAACCAUCACCCUGCUUAUUUGGAGUCUCAAUAAAACAAGCAUCUCUGCCCAAAGUGUUUGCUGUCCCACGCAGUGCCAGAGGCCUCUUCCAGCCACCAAUUGCCUGUUUGGCUCUAUCUUGUAAAUAUAUUUAAAUUGUCAGUAAAUCAAACAGAGGGUGGGGCAGGAAUUGUUAUGUAUAAGACUUCUGUGUCAUGCUGCCUGUUUAUAAAGCUAAGCAAAGCUGUGGCUCAAUGGACUUUUAAUAGCUCCACCCCCUCCCCCCCCAAAAAAGUGCAAGUAUAAUCAAGGUCUGGUAAGAUCCUUGCCCAGAGUUCCAUUCCUAAGGAAAACAGAGGGGGAAAAAUUUUUUUUGCCAGUUGCCAAGAGACCGAGAGGAGCCAUAUUUUAGCAUUGCAUUUUUUAAUUUAUUUUUUAUUUUUAGCAAUCCUGGUGGCCUCCAGAUCUCCUUGGACUACAUAUCCCAUGAGCCUCGGCCAGCACGGCCAUAUUAUUUAUUUAUUUCCAGCACUUUUUCACCCCACUGUGUAUAGCCAAAGCGGCUCUCAGAGAAGUUUACACGCAAUCAAAACAAGACUGUCCCUACCUACCCUUAGGCUUACCAUCUAAAAAAACAACACUCCAGGGAAAAGGUACAGUACAGGGAAGAUAGGGUGAUCUUUGCCUGGUGAAGCUAGCAAUUCUGGGGUUCCAUUUCCCCGCUGCCCCCGCCCCUGCCCCAAACAGCACCAUAGAGGUGAUCACUGGUUUGCUUCAGGAGAACACAAGAGUGUCUAAGACGCCUCUCCAAUGAUGUGCUCAAGCCAGGAAAUUACAGUACCUGGCACAGCUGGGAAGGUGUGUGUGUGUCUGUGUCUGCUGCUAUUAACUUCACGGCAUUUGGGGCUGAAGACCAGCAGGAAACCACUUUAGUUCCACUUGAGGGAACCUGAUGCCUGGGGAGAAGAUCCUGGGAGAGGCUUUCACCAUGUUUUCCUUGGCAAUCCUCCUGCACUUUUAACUUCAGACAGGAUGCAGAGAUUCAGUAAGCAAAGGGGGCUGUCAGAACUCCCUCAUGUGAGGUUUUUUAUUUUAAAAAAUUGUCUUUUGGUUUUGCCUGCUGUGCUGCAGCUACAAUAGGAAGCUGAUGUUUGAGAUGGAAGAAUCAGACGAAAAGGUUGAUGCCUGUAACACUCAUUGCCUCGAUUGGUGCCCAACAACUACGCUGCUCGGAGGGGGCACUGCUGAGGGCACCUCAUGUCCCAGAGGUGUCCUUCGUUUAGGUGGGAUUUCUGCAUUGCAGGGGGUUGGGCUAGAUGACCCUUGGGGGUCUCUUCCAACUCUAAAAUUCUAUGAUGCUACUAGAAAUCAGGCUUCUAGUGUUGCUGCUUCAACCCUCCGGAAUCAGUUCCCAGCCGAAAUCAAGUGGAACGCCCAUGAAGAGAAAUUCUCUGUGUGGGGAACCUUUGGCCCUCCAGAUGUUGCUGAACUACAGCUCCCAUUAUCCCUACUUGCCGGGCCUGAUCGGCAUUGUAGUUCAGCAACAUCGGGAGGGCCAAAGGUUCUCCACACCUGACCCAAAACACCUGUGAGCCUCGUGACUUCCUCCCAUCCCCUACAUGGGUCCUUAAAACAGAAUUUAAAACUACAUAUCAGUACAUUCUCCACAAUUUUCAUUCAGAGAAUCUCACAAAACAGUUACACAAACUGUUUGCAUGUAAAUUUUUAAUGAUGAAAAUAAAAUAUUUCAGAAACAAACACCUAUGAGCCACCCAGAAGAUGCACACACCCUCAGAAAAUAACCCUUCCAAGAGGCACAGGUGAUAUUUUUCCAAGUUCAUUUCUAUAUUAUCCAAGUUCAUUUCUUUAAUAUUCAUAUUUAUAGCCAACCCUCUCCACAAAGGCUCCGGGCGGAAAGUUACUUUUAUCUCCUGCCAGCAAAGGGUUAAAGAACAGCAGCCUCUGGUUGGCUGUAGUUCCAGGAGAGAGAGUUUAAAAGGAGAGGCUUUGGAGGGAGAGAG